AUGCUGCAGUCCAAAGAGAAAGUUCUCGGAGACAUCAAAGGAAAAAUUGACCGAGAGAUCAAGCUCAUUCAGGGGUUUCAGGCUGUGAAGCGCAACACUUCAAACCAAGAAGUUAUUCAACGGUGCAACACGCAAAUUCGCGAGACCCAGUCUAACAUUGAUUAUCUCCAAGAAACGUUUGAUAAGCUUCAACUCAAGGUUGGAGAAUCUCAGAACACCGUUUCAUCUGGGCGGGGAGAAAUUGAAGGCUCACCACGAAAAGCCCGCGUGACUUCGAUAGCUGCACCCUUGUACUCCCGGUUUGAUCUCAUAAAAUAUGACUGCCCGUCAUUGGGUCAUAAGAUUCAAUAUAUGCUUCAACAGCUUCAGUUCAAGCUCCAGGUGGAGAAUCAGUACCGCUCGGCAAACGAGAAAAUAUCGCACUUAUACUUGAUGGAUGGAGACAAGUCUUCGUCAAGUGCUGCUGAGGGCGGCAAGCUCGAAUCUGACCAACGGAUUCAGAUCUUGAACAGAUCGUUGAAAAAGUACCAGGGCAUGUUUGUUGAUGUUGAAGAAGUCAACCGUGAUUUGGAAAUUAUGAACACUCCCAAAUAUGCCAGAAAGCCUUUGACUGGACGUCUUAAUAUCCAAAUAACUUGCAUCAGGGAUGUGGACCACAUCGCACUGCCUAUGUUUAACAAGAAGUCGGAGUCCAUUGUCUCGAUAAAAAUCGAUGAUGUGGAGCGUGCCAAAACAAAUGGAUCACGGAACGGCAAGUUCAAUGACGAUUUUCUGCUCCAAGUGGAAAAGGCUCACGAGUUGGAGAUCACUGUCUAUGAUAAGUCCGGCAAUCAUCGUACCCCUGUAGCUUUGACCUGGAUUCUUCUUUCAGACAUUGCCGAGGAAAUCCGUAAAAAGAAAAUUGCCAAUGAAAUGGGAAAUGACGUUUGGAUACCAGCUCUGAGCAUACCUGCGCAAUCCUUGAACAGACCCCCGAUGGUUCCUCUGGGAAACUCAAAUUUUCUGGUACACAGUGGGCCCUCUGAUGACUCAACAGAUAAAGUAAAGUCCUCAGUGGAUAGUACGAAAGCCAUACUGGUAUCCGCCUGGGUCAAUCUUGAACCAGUCGGCCAAAUUUUGCUCAAUCUCACUUUUGAAAAAGACACUGGUGAGAGCAGAUCCGCUUUCAUGGGUGCUCUUGGUCGUCACGGUGCCAUCAAGCAAAAAAAGGAAGAAGUUUUCGAACAGCAUGGUCAUCAGUUCGUUCAAAAACAAUUUUACAAUAUCAUGUCAUGCGCCUUGUGUGGCGAAUUUUUACGAUACUCUGGAUUCCAGUGCCAAGAUUGUCGACUUUUGUGCCACAAGAAGUGUUUCCAGAAGGUUGUUACUAAAUGUAUUUCAAAAUCGGGAACGACUUUCGAGGACGAAGUCAAAUUCAAGCACCGCAUUCCUCAUAGAUUUGAGCCUGUUCUGAACCGUGGUACCAAGUGGUGUUGUCACUGUGGCUACAUACUCUCAUGGGGAAAGAAAAAUGUCCGCAAAUGUUCGGAGUGUGGUGUCAUGUGUCAUACUCAAUGUACACAUUUGGUUCCUGACUUCUGCGGCAUGUCUAUGGAGAUGGCCAACAAGAUUUUGAUGACAAUCAAGUCUACUAACCCUCCAAAAACGUCUGUGAAGCAAAAGGAUAAAGAUGUACCGCCAAUUCCAUCCAAAUUUAGUGGGACACAAAUGAUCCCACCGUUGCAGACUACACCAAGCACUGACCAGUACUCUCGAACUGAAGAAUCGCUAAGCAAAGAGAAUGCACACUCACAUCCAUACCAUAAAUUGCAACCUCAGUCUCUGCAGGCUCAACGGUUUGAAGAUGAAGAGGACAGUGGCAUGAAAUUUAAAUUGCCCACGAAAUCAAACAAACAAGUGCAGGAAUCAAUUGACUCACCAUACGCAAGACACCCAAUAAGAUCCUCACCCCAUGAAGAUGAUAAAAUAGCAGAUCGUGAUUUGGAAGACCAAAGACAUGACUAUACUUUUAUUUCCAACAAACUGGAGGACUUCGAAACAGGAAACAAUCCUCAAAGUAAGAUGCUUGCAGACACCAGCACCAACAAUCCAUUUGAGUCGUCAAGUAACGUUAACGCAUUCGAAAAUUUCAAUUACAACGAUACUAUUCUUCCUCGUGAUGUGCCUCAAGUAUCUGCACAAGAAGCAUCGUCCCAUAGUCGAACGCGCGAGGGUCGCUCGAGCAGGUCGAAGAAAAGAAGGAGAAUCGGACUUGAUGAUUUUCAAUUCUUAGCUGUUUUGGGCAAGGGUAACUUUGGUAAAGUCAUGUUGGCAGAAUCCAGACAAACAGCGAAGUUGUGUGCCAUUAAAGUUUUAAAGAAAGACUUCAUUGUUGAGAAUGAAGAAGCUGACAGUGUAAAAUCUGAAAAAAGAGUUUUUCUUACUGCCAACAAAGAAAUGCAUCCUUUCCUUUUAAAUUUACAUUGCUGUUUCCAAACUGAGAACAGAAUUUACUUCGUCAUGGAAUACGUCUCUGGCGGCGACUUGAUGUGGCAUAUUCAAAAGAACCGAUUCACCGCUAAGCGGGCAAAAUUCUAUGCCUGCGAAGUUUUAUUGGCUUUGAAGUAUUUUCAUGAAAAUGGUAUUGUGUACCGAGACUUGAAACUAGACAACAUUUUGUUGACAACGAAGGGACACAUAAAGAUAGCGGACUACGGAUUAUGUAAGGAAAACAUGUGGCACAGGGGCACAACGGGCACGUUUUGUGGUACGCCAGAAUUUAUGGCUCCAGAAAUUAUUGGGGGCAAGCAGUACGAAAGAUCAGUGGAUUGGUGGGCAUUUGGGGUUUUGAUGUUUCAAAUGUUGUUAUGUCAGAGUCCUUUCAAAGGCGACGACGAAGAUGAUGUUUUUAAUGCAAUUGAGCAUGAUGAUGUAAGAUACCCAAUCAGCAUGCCUCGGCAAACAGUCCUAAUUUUGCAGGCUUUGUUGACCAAAGAUCCAAAAGAAAGAUUGGGCAGUGGUGAAAGGGAUGCUUUAGAAAUUAUGGAGCAUCAAUACUUCCUGGAUGUCAAUUUCGAUGAUGUAUUGAACUUACGUAUACAACCCCCAUUCCUCCCGGAAGUUACGAGCGAGCAUGACUACUCAAAUUUUGAUCAAGAGUUCACCUCUGAGACACCAAGGUUGACUCCUGUGGAAACUGUCUUGACCUCAGAGAUGCAAGAACAGUUCCGUGGGUUUUCGCACAUAGCAGACGAUGCCCCUGUUUGA